AUGGAGGCUGUGAUGGAGGCUGUGAUGGAGGCUGUGAUGGAGGCUGUGAUGGAGGCUGUGAUGGAGGCGCUCACUGAGAAAAACCACAGCCAAUCAGAACCACAGAACCACAGCCAAUCAGAACCACAGAACCACGGCCAAUCAGAACCACAGCCAAUCAGAACCACAGAACCACAGCUAAUCAGAACCACGGCCAAUCAGAACCACGGCCAAUCAGAACCACGGCCAAUCAGAACCACAGCCAAUCAGAACCACAGAACCACAGCCAAUCAGAACCACAUAACCACGGCCAAUCAGAACCACAGCCAAUCAGAACCACAGAACCACAGCCAAUCAGAACCACGGCCAAUCAGAACCACAGAACCACAGCCAAUCAGAACCACAGCCAAUCAGAACCACAGAACCACAGCCAAUCAGAACCACGGCCAAUCAGAACCACAGAACCACAGCCAAUCAGAACCACGGCCAAUCAGAACCAAAGAACAUAGCCAAUCAGAACCACGGCCAAUCAGAACCACGGCCAAUCAGAACCAUGGUCAAUCAGAACCACAGAACCACGGCCUCCUCCGCCAAGUGGAGGAGGAGGAGGAGGUGGUUCAGGAAGCUGAUAUCCUGCUUCUUCUCCUGCUCUGGUUCAGAUCCUGCUUCUUCUUCUGCUCUGGUUCAGAUCCUGCUUCUUCUUCUGCUCUGGUUCAGAUCCUGCUUCUUCUUCUUCUGCUCUGGUUCAGAUCCUGCUUCUUCUCCUGCUCUGGUUCAGAUCCUGCUUCUUCUUCUGCUCUGGUUCAGAUCCUGCUUCUUCUCCUGCUCUGGUUCAGAUCCUGCUUCUUCUCCUGCUCUGGUUCAGAUCCUGCUUCUUCUUCUUCUGCUCUGGUUCAGAUCCUGCUUCUUCUUCUGCUCUGGUUCAGAUCCUGCUUCUUCUUCUUCUGCUCUGGUUCAGAUCCUGCUUCUUCUUCUGCUCUGGUUCAGAUCCUGCUUCUUCUUCUGCUCUGGUUCAGAUCCUGCUUCUUCUUCUUCUGCUCUGGUUCAGAUCCUGCUUCUUCUUCUGCUCUGGUUCAGAUCCUGCUUCUUCUUCUGCUCUGGUUCAGAUCCUGCUUCUUCUUCUGCUCUGGUUCAGAUCCUGCUUCUUCUUCUGCUCUGGUUCAGAUCCUGCUUCUUCUUCUUCUGCUCUGGUUCAGAUCCUGCUUCUUCUCCUGCUCUGGUUCAGAUCCUGCUUCUUCUCCUGCUCUGGUUCAGAUCCUGCUUCUUCUCCUGCUCUGGUUCAGAUCCUGCUUCUUCUCCUGCUCUGGUUCAGAUCCUGCUUCUUCUCCUGCUCUGGUUCAGAUCCUGCUUCUUCUUCUUCUGCUCUGGUUCAGAUCCUGCUUCUUCUCCUGCUCUGGUUCAGAUCCUGCUUCUUCUUCUUCUGCUCUGGUUCAGAUCCUGCUUCUUCUUCUGCUCUGGUUCAGAUCCUGCUUCUUCUUCUUCUGCUCUGGUUCAGAUCCUGCUUCUUCUUCUGCUCUGGUUCAGAUCCUGCUUCUUCUCCUGCUCUGGUUCAGAUCCUGCUUCUUCUUCUUCUGCUCUGGUUCAGAUCCUGCUUCUUCUUCUGCUCUGGUUCAGAUCCUGCUUCUUCUCCUGCUCUGGUUCAGAUCCUGCUUCUUCUCCUGCUCUGGUUCAGAUCCUGCUUCUUCUUCUCCUUCUGAGUCUUUCCUGUUGGGAGCGAUUGGAGGAAACAAACUCCACACUUUGCGUCUUCUCCCUGUGUUUUUCCCGCUGUCGCUCCGGGGACCGUGGCCGCCGUCUCCGUGGUUGCUCGCCGUAACCACGGCACCGCGCUGCAUUAUUGAUGGAGCUGCAGCCGAGUCCCAUCAGGCCUCGGUUCUCACAAACUACGAGGUCUGA